AUCCAAACGUGGAGGGGUGCUAGUCCCGCAAGGCCAUUACGCUGUUCCCGCGCGUCCCGCCUCUUCACUGCCUUCCUCCCUUCAGCCUUGGGCCAGUAGACCCAUCCCGAGGCGCAGGCCGAGGUGCGCGCAUCUCCUGGAGCCGCGGAGUCGACCCGCUGCUUCUCCCCGCUAAGUGAUCAAGAGCUAGAGAUGCUAGUAGGCUGCCAUUUCAUUGUGUGUGGGAAAAGUGAAUUAGCCCAGAGAUGGAAAACUUCAUUCUGUAUGAGGAGAUUGGCAGAGGAAGCAAGACUGUUGUCUAUAAAGGGCGACGAAGAGGAACAAUCAAUUUUGUAGCUAUUCUUUGUACUGAUAAGUGUAAAAGACCUGAAAUAACCAACUGGGUCCGUCUCACCCAUGAAAUUAAACACAAGAAUAUUGUAACUUUUCAUGAAUGGUAUGAAACCAGCAAUCAUCUCUGGCUAGUAGUGGAACUCUGCACAGGUGGUUCCUUAGAAAUGGUUAUUGCUCAAGAUGAAAACCUCCCAGAAGACGUUGUGAGAGAAUUUGGGAUUGAUCUGAUUACUGGAUUACGUCAUCUUCAUAAACUUGGAAUUCUCUUUUGUGACAUUUCUCCUGGGAAGAUACUCUUGGAAGGGCCUGGCACAUUAAAGUUUAGUAAUUUUUGCCUGGCAAAAGUGGAAGGUGAAAAUUUGGAAGAGUUCUUUGCUUUGGUGGCUGCAGAAGAAGGAGGAGGUGAUAGUGGGGAAAGUGUUCUGAAGAAAAGCAUGAAAAGUCGAGUCAAAGGAUCACCUGUAUAUACAGCACCAGAAAUUGUGAGAGGUACUGACUUCUCCAUCACCAGUGAUCUCUGGUCUUUGGGCUGUCUGCUUUAUGAAAUGUUUUCAGGAAAACCUCCAUUCUUCUCAGAAAGUUAUUCAGUAUUAAUUGAACAGAUUUUAUAUCAAGAUCCUUUGCCACCUAUUCCAAAAGAUUCUUCUCUUCCUAAAGCUUCACCAGAUUUUAUUAAUUUACUUGAUGGUUUACUUCAAAAAGAUCCUCAGAAAAGGUUGACUUGGACAGGCCUACUACAACAUUCAUUUUGGAAGGGUGCAUUCACUAUAAAAGAUCAGGACUCAACAAGCACCGAGGAUUCCAGCUUCAGAAAUGUGAUGGAGUGUUCUGGGCCAGAAGACUCCAAAGAACCUUUGAAGAACCCCCCUAGUGGACAAGCAAAAGGGCUGAAGAGCGGUCAACACCUAAAUCGCUCUUUCAAAUUAGAAAAUCCAACUGAGUUGCGGCCAAAGAGUACACUUGAGGGUCAAUUGAAUGAAUCCAUGUUUCUUCUCAGUUCUCGUCCUACUCCAAGAACUAGCACAGCAAUGGGAUUAAGUCCUGGAGAUGAUAUGACUCAGAAUUCACCACGGAAGACUUCUCCUUUGACCAAGAUUCCAAGUGGACACUUGAGUCAGCAGGACCUGGAAUCUCAGAUGAGAGAGCUAAUCUACACAGACUCAGAGCUUGUCGUCACCCCAAUUAUUGACAAUCCCAAGAUUAUGAAACCACCACCAAUUAAAUUUGAUUCAAAAAUAUUGCAUCUACCAGCACAUUCAGUGGAUAAGUUGGUGUAUCUGAAAGACCAAGACUGGAAUGACUUCUUGCAACAAGUGUGCUCACAGAUCGACUCCACCGAGAAGAGUACUGGGGCCUCGCGAGCCAAGCUCAACCUGCUUUGCUACUUAUGCCUGGCGGCUGCGCACAGGGAGGUGGCCACGAGGCUCCUGCAUUCACCCCUGUUCCAAUUGCUAAUCCAGCAUUUGCGAAUAGCUCCAAAUUGGGAUAUACGGGCCAAGGUUGUCCGGGUGAUUGGUUUACUGGCCUCGCACGCAACUGAGCUCCAGGAAAAUGCACCUGUCAUCGAGGCGAUUACUCUCUUAACUGAAUUAAUUAGGGAGAACUUCAGGAACAGCAAAUUAAAACAGUGCCUUUUACCAACCCUUGGGGAGCUGAUCUAUCUCAUAGCCACCCAGGAAGAAAAAAAAAAGAACCCUAGAGAAUGCUGGGCUGUUCCCUUGGCUGCAUACACAGUGCUAAUGAGGUGCCUUCGGGAAGGGGAAGAACGUGUUGUGAAUCACAUGGCAGCAAAGAUCAUUGAAAACGUCUGCACUACCUUUUCCCCUCAGGCCCAGGGCUUUAUUACAGGAGAAGUUGGUCCUGUUUUAUGGUACCUAUUCAAACAUUCCACUGUUGAUUCCCUUAGGAUAACAGCAAUAUCGGCCUUGUGUAGAAUCACUCGCCAUUCUCCUGCUGCCUUCCAGAAUGUUAUUGAGAAGGUGGGACUGAACUCAGUCAUAACCUCCCUGGCCUCUGCCAUCUGCAAAGUUCAGCAGUACAUGUUGACCUUAUUCACUGCCAUGUUGUCCUGUGGGAUUCAUCUUCAAAGACUUAUCCAAGAAAAGGAUUUUGUCUCCACAAUUAUCCGUUUGUUUGACAGCCCUUCAACUUCCAUUAGAGCGAAAGCCUUCCUUGUUCUUUUGUAUAUUUUGAUUCAUAACCGUGAGAUGUUGCUGCUCAGUUGCCAAGCAAGACUGGUGAUGUACAUCGAGAGAGACAGCAGAAAGACCACUGCAGGCAAGGAGCAGCAAAGCAGCAGUGAAUACCUGUCCAAAUGUCUGGACCUCCUCAUCCAUCACAUUGUGCAGGAGCUGCCGGGAGUCCUGGGUGACAUUCUGAAUGCCUUGGCUAACGUUUCCGGUCGUAAACAUCCAUCAACAGUUCAGGUGAAGCAGCUGAAGAUGUAUCUCCCCCUGAUGCCUAUAGUGCUUCACCUUGUAAUGUCUCAGGUGUUUCGACCUCAAAUUGUAACCGAGGAGUUCCUUUUCAGUUAUGGAACUAUUCUUAGUCAUAUUAAAUCAGUAGACUCAGGAGAGACUAACAUAGAUGGAGCCAUAGGAGUGACAGCAUCGGAAGAAUUUAUCAAGAUCACGUUGUCAGCUUUUGAAGCAAUAAUACAGUAUCCUUUUUUACUGAAAGACUAUCGCUCUACGGUUGUUGAUUAUAUCCUGCCACCCUUGGUCUCCUUGGUUCAAAGCCAAAAUGUGGAGUGGAGGCUCUUCAGCUUGCGGUUGCUUUCAGAAACAACAUCUCUGCUCGUAAACCAGGAGGUUGGGGAUGAGGAGAAGGCGGCGAGUCUUGAUUCUGACAGCAGUCUUCUGGCUCUCUUUAGAGAUGGCUUACUUCCCCAGUAUGAGCACCUCCUCACCGAGCCAGACCCAAUACCGUCAUAUGCGUUGAAACUGCUGGUUGUGAUGACUGAACACAAUCCAACCUUUACCAGGCUUGUGGAAGAAAGCAAAUUGAUCCCACUCAUUUUUGAAGUAAUUCUGGAGCAUCAGGAGAGCAUUCUGGGUAACACCAUGCAAACUGUGAUUGCAUUACUCAACAAUCUGGUUGCCUGCAAAGAUUCAAAUAUGAAGCUCCUUUAUGAACAAGGACUCGUCAGUCACGUCUGUAACCUGUUCACUGAAACUGCCAAACUGUGCUUGGAUGUGGACAGCAAAAGCAGCAAUGAGACGGCAGCCGCACUGCUGUUUUCCCUGCUUGAUAUUUUGCACAGCAUGCUGACCUACACAUCCAGUGUUGUGCGGCUGGCUUUGCAGGCACAGAAGUCUGUCUCGGGAGGGGACACUCAGGCUGCAGAAGACCUGCUGCUACUCAGCAAACCUCUAACAGACCUCAUUAGCCUGCUCAUUCCACUGCUACCUAACGAGGAUCCUGAAAUUUUUGAGGUUUCAUCCAAGUGUCUGUCUAUACUGGUUCAGCUGUAUGGAGGGGAAAACCCAGACAGCCUGUCUCCCGAAAAUGCAGAAAGCUUUGCUAAAUUACUGAAGUCCAAGGAGGACCCGAAGGAGCAGAAGCUUCUGUUGAGGAUUCUCAGGAGAAUGGUCACCUCCAAUGAGAAGCACCUGGAGAGCCUCAAGAAUGCAGGGGGCCUCCUGCAGGCCCUGGAGCAGCUGGCCCCAGCUGGGGAAGUGGAUGCACCACAAUUUGUUUAACUAGUCCUCUAAUGAUUGAUAUUUGGGUCGCUAUUACCAACAGCGCUGCAGUGAGUACCGUGGUAUAUGCUUCUUGAGUGAGUAUACCUUGAAUAAAUUCUGAGGAGAACUUCGUCAAAGGUCACAGUACCACCCUUUGAUUCAGGCAAGAAGAGCCCUGAUCUGGAAUCCUUAUUUUAAGAGUAGGUACCAGCAAACUUCUAUAAAAGGACCAAAUAGUUAACUUUGCAGGCCAAAAGUGUGCCAACCCCUGCUUUAGAGGAUCCCAAAACCCUACAAAAAUGAAUUCAUCAGGAGAACACAUGGGUGCCUCUUAUCUGGAGUUCAGCACUUAGCAUGGUGCAUCCACAAACACUAAAGCUCCAAUCUUGAGAAGACAUCUUUGAGGCCCCAUGGAAAUGCUUCCCUGCAUCUCUUCCCCAUGUCCUUGAAACAGAAGGUAACUGCAUCCAAAUACCCGAAGGUUUGUACUACUGCUGACUCAUUAGUCAGACACACUGCUUAGAACAGAGGAGCUGAGCCACAGCAGCAGUCAGGAAAAUGACAAGCUUAUUAACUUGCGAAUCCUUUCUCUUACAUGGCACGAAUGCAAAAUGUUCUUGCAUAACAAAGUGUCAUUUCCCUGUAGUGCUAGGUACCCAUUUUUUUUUGCCUUUGUAUUCUCAUUUGUAGUUCAUUAAUUAGUGUAACUUCUACAAGUUUCACGCAGUGAUGGAGAAAUAUUUUGUGACAUUAACUCAUUACUAUUGAAUUUAAAUAUAUAGAUAAUAAAUGAAAUACGUGUGGGG